CAACCACUCCUCCCUCUUGGCAGCUGCUGUCAUGGACACCUUCCUUCUCUCUGCACUGUGCCUCCUUGCGACCUGGGCUGUCCUGGCAGGGGGAGUCACCGUGCAGGAUGGAAAGUUCUCUUUUCCUUUGGAGUCAGUGAAGAAGCUCAAGGACCUCCAGGAGCUCCAGGAGCCCCACACCAGGAAGAGUGGUGGGCCCGCGGUUCCCCAAGUCUGCAGCCACCAGAAGUUUCCAGAAGAACUCAAACCAAUCUGCAAGGAGACCAAUGCCCGGGACAUCCUCCAUAGGCUGGAGGCCAUCGCGGAGGACCCGAGUUCGUGUGAGAUCUGUGCCUUCGCAGCCUGUGCGGGGUGCUAGGACAGCCGGCUCGCGGCCCCCUGGCCCUCCCCCGCAGGAUGUUCCCACUCCUGCAGCAGCAGCAGCCUCCAGGGGAAGAGUGAAGAGUGGGUGGCCUGGGGCGGCCUGGGAAGGCCCAGCCCCUGACCCAUCCCAGUUGCUGGUGCUUCCCAAGAUCCACUGCAACCCUCCGCUAAUAAACCCAUUCCCAGAGUC